AUGAGACGACCUAUUUAGUCAAAUACGUAAUAUAUUAUUUUAACUUAUGUAAAAACAUCUCAUAUGCGGUAAGAUUUGUGCUUUUACUAUUAUUAUGAUUAUGAUUACCAGCAGUAGCAGUAGUAACCGGCGGGUUGGCCAAGCCUAUACCAGCAGGUGAGCAAUUUGCUGGGAUGAUUAUAGAUAUAAAUACCAGCCCUGGAGAAGCUGUUGCGAUAAGUAAUUCCUCUGCUGGACGCAGCUGUGAUUGUUUCUGAAGUGAAUCUCCCUCCAUUGAUCUGUGUCCUGCUUUCCUUUGAGAUUGUUUAGGGGAUUACCACAUGCUCUUCAGGGGUGAUGAUUUUUUCUGCUGGAACACAACGGUCCACCUCUGAGGAGUUUCAUCGGGCCUGCAAAGCUGCUACUCUUAAGAGCUGGGGGGAGACUACAUGGAUUGGUGGACUUCGUUGGCAGCGGGUAUUCCCCUGCUCUGGAUCGUGUGCUUUAUAGACGGUAACGCAGUGCUUGAGCUGCGGCUGCUCUUCCAUGCUCUGACCAAAGCUGCUUGUCACCUGUACCUGGCCCUGCUCCCGCUGCGCCGAGCCGUCAUCCAUUUCGCUGAAUGUGCGAGAUAUCUGAUUAACCACGCCCAGCAAACCCCUUCUGCCCACGGCUACCUUCACCAAGUCCAGCCCCUGGCCAGGAAAGGCAUGCUGCACUUGCUGGAGGGCAUGUGUGUGAUGUGCGAGACCGUGCCCAAUCUGUUGGGAGCAGCGCUCAGUGUGGGCGCCGCCUUCUGUCACUUACUCCAAGGAGGUUUCUACACCCUGGCAGCUACGCUGCGCACCAUCCAGAUCAACCUGCUCUCUCAAAUGAACGGCGAGAAGGAGAAAUGGGACAAGGAGCAGCACAGAGCCAAAGAGACCGAGAAAAAGCUAAAUUCAAAAGUUUUGGAAUACAUCUCUGUGUUUUGUCAAGACCCUGUCAGCGCUUUACGCAUCAAGGUCGACGUGCCACCUGUCUAUAGAUAUAAUAUUUCUCCAAGUAAAACAGUUUACUGAUUAAUUGGCGCAUAAGAGGCCUUCUUUUAACUGCUGAGGGGGUUACAGGGGCAGGCAGAGAGUUGGCUGGUUUGCAGACUCAGGGCAGUGAACUUUGACCUCUGAUUUUUACUCACUGUUGCUAAGGGAAUAAUUCAAACAGAAAGAAGAAACUGAAGUGGGAAGAAGAUACAGAAUAUAUGGUGCAUUUUGUUACAAUUCGUUUACAUUUAAUGAGAUGUAAAGAAGUUAAAAUAAGUGUGUAAACCAAAUAAAACCUCACCUUUAUA